AUGUUAUAUUGGUAUAAUAAUCAUUAUUAUAAUGAUCAAGAUCAUUUUGGUUUAAAUGAUUUUUCUCAUGAUCAUUCUAUUUAUAAUUUAUAUGAUGAUCAUUAUAAACCUAUUGAAAAUGAUCAAAAAUUACCACCAAAAGAAACAUUAUCUUCAUCAUCAUCAACUGUUUCUACAAGUGAUAGUACUGGUACUAUAGAUUCAAACGAAACAGGAAUAAGUGAACCAUCAUCUAUCCCAAAUGACCUAGAUCAACAAGAAAAAGAAUAUAGAAUUAAAGAAGAAAAACUUUAUCAAUCAGAAAUUAAAAAAUGGCAACAAGAACAAUAUCAACAAAAUUUAUCAGAUUUUAAAUUUAAUAAUCCAUUUUAUGAAAUGUUAAAAACUAGCCAAAAUUUAACAAAGCAAAAAGAUCAAUAUUCAUCAAUAUAUGAUUCAAUAUUAAAAGAUCAUUCAUUAAUAUCUAUAAUAAAAAAUUUAAAUUUUAAUCAAAGAUGUGAUUUAUUUUUUAAACAUAUUUAUUUAAAAAAUCAAAAUUGGAAUUUUAAUCCUAAUGAAGAUUAUAAUGUUCAUGAAGAUGGUAGAUUAGAUGAAUAUAAAAUUAAAAAUUUUAAAAUUUUAAAAUAUAAAUAUAGUCAAAAGAUAAAUAAAUCUUAUAUGGAUAUUGAUGAUCAUGAAGAAGGAUUUAAAGAGUUUAUGAAAAAUGAUUAUAAACAAUUUAUGCAAAAAGAUGCAGAACAAAGAAUUAUUGAAAGUUUAUCUAUAUUAAGAAUUUAUAAUAAAUGUUAUGUUACAAAUGAUGAUAAAUUACAACAACAAAUCACAAAGGGGUUUAUAAAUAAUCAAAAACAAUUUAUAAAAAAUCAAAUUGAAAAUAAUUUUGAAUUAUUAGAUCCUGAAACCAGAAAUAAUCCAAAUUUAAAUACAAAAGAAAAAUUUAAAUUUACAAAAUUUGAAAAAUUAGUAAGUGAAACUCAUAUAGGUAAUAAAUUUCAACAUAGAAUGUAUCCAUGGUUAUCAUUUGAACACCCAGUAUUUGAAAGAUGGACAGGACAAAUUUUAAAUCAUCCACCAAAUUUUAAAAAAAUAAUGAAAGAUAAAAAUCAACCACCCCCUAUUAACAACUAUAAAUUAAUAAAAGAUAAAAAUCUUGAUUCUAAUUUUUUCAAAGAUUUUAAAAAUCAAUGUAAUGGUAAAGGUAUUGUAUUAUCAGUUGCUGAUAAACAUGUAAAUUAUGUUGUUAAUUUAAUUCAUUUGCUAAGAGCUUUAAAUAAUAAAUUACCUAUACAAAUAGUUUAUUUUAAUGAUUUAAAUGAUGAUACCAAAAAGAAAAUUGUAACAGCAGCAAGAGAAAAUUAUUCUCAUUUACCAAAUUCAUUUGCAAAAGUUUCAAAUUUAUUCCCCAAAGAUUAUUUAGAUAAAAAAAAUAAAGGACUAACAAAGCAAGAAAUUUGGUUUGUUAAUACUGCUAAUGUUAUAAAUGAUAAUUACAAAAAUAAAUUUCAUGGAUUUGCUAAUAAAUUAUUAGCUACUUUAUUUAAUUCAUUUAAUGAAUUUAUGUUAUUAGAUGCAGAUACAGUUAUGAUGCAACCUCCAGAAUUUUUUUUCCAAUUAAAAGGUUAUUUAAAUACUGGAUCAUUUUUUUUUAAAGAUAGAGGUGUUUUACAAAGAAGAUCCAAAGAAGAUAUUGAAUUUUUUAAAAAUUUAUCACCAUCAACUAUCGAUUCAAUAAUAUUUGAUAUACCAAAUAUUACAAACCACACCUUAAAUCAAAAUUUUUUUAAAGGAUUACAUCAUCAAAUGGAAAGUGGAUUAGUCUUGAUAAAUAAACCCAUUCAUUUUAAUUCAAUAUUAAUGAUAAAUCAUUUAAAUUUAAUACAUACAAUAACAAAUAAAGUAUAUGGAGAUAAAGAAUUAUUUUGGUUAGGUUUUGCAAUAAAUGGUGAUGAAAAUUAUCAUUUUAGUAAAUUUAAUGCUGCUUCUAUUGGUUCAUUAACUCCAAUGGGUGAAAGAUUAAAACCGGAUAAAACAAAACAUCAUUCAAAAGAAUUAUGUUCACCUCAUCCGGGACAUAUAAAUGAAGAAGAUGAACAUUCUUUACUUUGGAUGAAUUCUGGUUUUAGAUAUUGUCAUCAAGCUCCCAAAAUUGAUUUUGAAAAAGAAUCCAAAAAGGGAGGAAGAUUAAAAUUUCUUAAAAAUGAACCAUCAGUUUUCAAAGAUUAUUAUUUUAACCCCUUAAAGAUUAGAAAUGCAAUAAUUCCACCACUUGACACAGAAUUAAAAGAUCAUCCAAAUAAUCAAGAUGAACCAAGUAGUGGUUGGAUAAUGGAUGGGAAUUAUUGUUCAAGUUAUUUAUGGUGUGCUUAUUCUUCUAUUGGUGGUAAAACUAAUGAUAAUACUGAUAAUACUAUGGAUGGGAUUUUAAUUGAAUUUAAUUCUGUUGAAAAAGCUUUAUUUGAUUAUUAUGGUGAUAUUUGGAUUGGAAUGGAGUAG